GCAACUUGCCGUGCGGAACCGCUGGGAGCGGGCGCAUCGAGCCGCUCUGCCGGGUCUCAACGCGCUGUGUGCUGUAUUUUUUCAUCGCUGCGUCGGUCGCGCGCAAAGCCUGCGCCGUCCGCGAAAAUUUAAGCCGCAAACAGCGGUUGACUCGCGCUUAGACGCCCCGCAGCCAUGAUUUUCAAAUUACUGGUCGGCGCAGCCGCCGCCAGGCAGUUCAGUCCGCCCCUGACGCGCCGCGACCCGGGCACAACUGCCAAGCCACCGACCGUCGAGCGCCGCGAACCGACGGAGCUCUGUCCGGCCGCCACGCAGCUCGAGCGGACGCGGCGCUGGCGCGGCGGCGGCGAGAACCUCUGGCAGAGCUACUCGCGGACCCUUGAAACCAAGCCGGUCAUUGGCAACAUGGUGACGGGCGGCCUGCUGGCCUUCACGGGCGACUUCGUCAUGCAAGCCGCCGAGAAGAACCCCGCCUACGACCACCUGCGGGCGUUACGAUUUGUGGGGUUCAGAAUAUGCGUCGUACGUUGUUAUACGGUCUGGGUUCGCGAGCUCGAGAAUUGGGUGAAUCAACACGUCGACGGCGACCGGCGGCGCCUGCUGACGAAGACGUUCCUGGACCUGGCCAUUUGGCUGCCGGCGAAGGACUUCGUGUAUUUCGUGUGGAUGGCGCUGCUGGAGGGAUUAGGUUUGACCGAGGGCAUACAACGGAGCCUUACGAUGCUUCCAAGGACGUGCCCCGUCUCGUGGCUCGUCUGGGCCCCGGCGCAGCUGCUCACGUUCGGAGCCGUGCCGCCGCACCUGCGCGUCGUCUGGGUCAACAGCCUUGCGCUCUGCUGGAACGUCGUCAUGAGCGGCUUCAACCAGGCGGCGCGGCUGGAGGGGAGUAGUAGUAUCUAAAGAAAGCAUCCGUUUU